CUGUGUUCAACACGGUACCCUUUAAUGCUACACCAGUAAUGCUAACCAGUUGUGUAGCUACCUUUGCCGGUUCUAUUUGACAAUUACUUGCUUUGCGCUUUCACCAGUUAACGCUCGUUGUAAUUUAUUUAACUGCUACAUAACUAAAUGACAGUGAUUAUGCUGCCUCUGUGUUAACGUUGUGUAAACAAUUCAUGCAGCCGAGGCGUUAAAAUGAGAGAAAGAGUUUGUGUUGUGUGACUCUGCACGUGUUUAGCCAUGGAGAAGUCCUGGAGGCUGUGGGGGGCAAUGGAGCGUUGCACCCUCACUCUGGCCUCCUGGUCCUGGGGUGCCUGUCGAGUGUCCCUUUUGGCCCUCAUCCUCACCUUCCAUCUGUAUGGUGGAGUUUUACUCCUCGCUCUCAUCCUAGCUUCUGUGGCAGGCAUCCUCUACAAAUUUCAGGAUGUGCUCCUCUACUUCCCUGACCAGCCCUCCUCCUCUCGCCUCUAUGUUCCCAUGCCAACAGGAAUCCCACACGAGAAUGUGUAUAUCCGCACCAAGGAUGGUGUGAAGCUCAAUCUCAUCCUGCUUCGCUACACAGGAGGAGAUACCCCUCCUGGAGUUGCUGCUGGCAAUCAAAGCAGCCCCACCUGCUCGACUCCACCUACCAUCCUUUAUUUUCAUGGUAACGCUGGUAAUAUUGGUCACAGAGUGCCAAACGCCCUGCUGAUGAUGGUCAAUCUGAAAGCCAAUGUAGUGUUGGUGGACUACCGUGGCUAUGGCAAGAGCGAGGGCGAACCCAGUGAGGGCGGGCUGUACCUGGAUGCUGAGGCCACACUGGACUAUGUCAUGACCCGUCCUGAUCUGGACAAGACAAAGGUGGUGCUCUUUGGCCGCUCACUAGGAGGCGCUGUGGCAGUGCGCUUGGCGUCUGUCAACCCUCACCGUGUUGCAGCCAUUAUUGUUGAAAACACCUUUCUCAGCAUUCCCCAUAUGGCAGCAACGCUCUUCUCCUUCUUGCCCAUACGCUGGCUGCCCUUGUGGUGCUAUAGGAAUCAGUUUCUGUCCUAUCGGCAAGUGGCACUGUGCCGCAUGCCCUCGCUGUUUGUGUCUGGUCUGUCAGACCAGCUCAUCCCACCAAUUAUGAUGAAACAACUGUAUGAGUUGUCUCCUGCACGGACUAAACGUCUGGCUAUCUUUCCAGAAGGAACACACAAUGACACAUGGCAGUGUCAGGGCUACUUCGCAGCUUUGGAGCAGUUCAUGAAAGACCUGCUCAAGAGCCAUGCCCACGAGCAGAGUGCUCAGCCCUCAGCUGGGGUCACUAUCAUCUGAAGAAAAAAAAAAAAAUCAGUCAAGGACUGACUGUUGUCUACAGGUUAAUUAACCUUAAUUGAUUUUUGGAAAGAAUGUACAUUUUUUUUAAUGCUUUGUCUGAGGUUUUAUUUUAUUUCACUCUUUCUGUAAGUUUAAUAUAUUUGUUAAAAUGAUUCAACUAGUUCAAGGUUUUAAAAGAGAGGUAACAGUGCCCUCAUGGGAGCCUUUGCGUUGCCGCUAUGGAUGCAUGAAUUUAUGACCUUUCAUGAAUGAAUCCAUACAUGUCACAAUCACAGAGGAAUUUGCUGCAAUGGGUCUGCUGAAAUUAAAACAGUUGCUCUACUGACUAUAUAAGGACCAUAUUUCAGUGAAAAUUUAUUACUACUGGAAUUGAUGUUUUCUUCUGAUUUACAAAAUGAGACACUUAUAAUUAAAAGGCCUAUACUGUGUGUCUCUGUGUAUAUAUAUAUUUGUUAAUACCUAGCCUUUUUUUUUUUUCAGAUUUACCCAAGUGUUGAGUUAUUUACUACAGGCUAAUAUGUUCUGAUCAAUAGUUUGUAGGGCUUAAUUUUUUCCCUCUCCCUUUUUGGCAAGGAUCAUUAAUAUUGAGGACAUGCAGCAUUUUGGCACGUGACAUUGUAGUUAAGAAUAUUUAUAUGUAAACCCUUGAAAAAUUUGUCUGCCACAUUAGCAUAUUAAACUUGUGCUGUUGAGUAAUUAUAUUCGAUCACCAAACGCACUGGCUGAGAUGAAGCAGUCAGUAAGUUAAAGUGACAUGUUUGCUACCCUUUCGAAAAUAAGUUUGAGAGCUUUCUGUCAUAGUACUUCUGUUUCAGUGUGACUGAAAAGCUGCAAGAGUUUGUUACUGUGUUCUAGCCCACAGGAUAGUGUUGACUCUUAAAUGGGCUCAAGAUGCUGUUGAGAAACUUGAGCUCCUGUACUGUAGAUAGGAGCCUUGUCUUUAUGUGUGGAUUGUUGUUAUUAAAGGAUGGGUUGAGAUUUCUUCAAGUCUGCCUUAGUACAGCUAUAGCAUGCGUAUCUGUAUGUACUCUGCAGGAGUUGAUGGUGGCUGCAAUCCUGAUUAUGAAGUGAUACAUUUGUAAAUCAAUUGAAAAAGACAAGGGAGAAAAAUAACACAAUCAUCAUUUUAUGCAAAACAGUAUUCCAAAGUUGAGCAGAAGCUCACGUGAGGCUUCCCAAGUCCAAGUAAGGCAAAUCAAGUGGGCAUUUGCCAAAGUUGGCUACUCAGUAGAAAAUUCCAUCUUUAUGUUACCAUACCUCCACUGCAGAUCAACAAGGAAAUGGUCUUGACAAAUUCGUAAGUGAAAUUUGUGUAAAAGCAAAGUCUUAACUGUCAAAGAUUGACACUUGAAUUUGUCCAACCCAUGGAGCUGAAGCCUCAUAUAUAUGGAAGAGGAUUAGAGCUACUGGAAAUUGACUUUAAUCUUUAAGAAAAAAAAAUCUGAACUCAAAUUUUGUCCAGUGGUCCUCAUUGUUUUCCAUACAUAUUAACUUUGGCUGAACUUUAGAAUACAUUUUUACACUGAAAGGCGGAUGUAGAUUUUCUCUUCUACCUGUUACAGUUGGAAAGGAUUUCUUAAUGCCUAGCACAGACAGGAAUGAUAACGGUGACCAGUUGGCCUUUCAGUGUACACACAUAUUGGUAUUUGAGUACUGUAUUAAGAUAGCGUUAGAAAAAAGCCAGAGCCUCUCUUGAGAACUAAAAGAAGUGAGCUUGUUUAAUUAAAUGUUGUAGUUAUUUGUUAGCUAUUAUCAUCAGCGUCAUAAUUGUUAAUUCGAGGAUUCGUGCUUCUCAUGUCACCUUGUGCUUGUAUGGCAAAAUGGCUUUACUCACUUGGAGGGCUUUUAAUGAGUUAAUUAACCUUUCCCGCAUGUCUUCCAGGGGGUGGAGCAGAGCCUGAUGAUUAAAACACUGUUAUCUGCUCUUGCUUUCCAAAUGCGGCAUGCUGCACUACAGUGGUUUCAAAGCCAUUUGAUUAUACCGAUCUCCUCAGCCAUACUGGAUACUGUUUGUGAACAGUAUGCUUAACAAAA